AACUUACAAGCUGGUGAAGAGCCAGAACUGGGCCCCAGUAUGUCGGACCAACGCCCAGCCCUCCCGAAUACACUGAUGUCAUAGCGAUGACACAGGAAUUCAUCUCUGUCAACAGCUAUUUAGCGGGCGUCUGUGUUGGGGACAUACUGCUACGUAUGGAGCCAGGUUGGGCCUGGCACUUCACAAGUUCAAACUCUAGGAAAGUAAAUAAACUUAAUUGAGAAUGUCUGAAAACCUUGACAAAUCCAAUAUAAACGAAGCAGGAAAAUCAAAAUCAAAUGAUUCUGAGCAAAACCUUGAAGAUGCUGUGGAAGGUUCUGAUGAAGCUUUACAGGAAAAAACAAAGUUGGGCUCUCCCAGCCCCCAAAGAGUGCAAAGACCUCACUCUAGUCCUCCUCAAUUUGUGACAGUAGAAGAACUUCUAGAGACAGCAAAAGGAGUCACUAAUAUGGCUCUAGCACAUGAAAUUGUAGUAAAUGGAGACUUUCGGAUUAAACCAGUUGAGUUACCGGAAAACAGCUUGGAGAAGAGAGUAAAGGAGAUUGUACAUAAAGCCUUUUGGGAUUGCUUGAGUGUCCAGCUAAGUGAAGACCCCCCCACAUAUGACCAUGCCAUCAAACUUGUAGGAGAGAUCAAAGAGACUCUUUUAUCUUUCUUGCUGCCUGGUCACACCAGACUGAGAAACCAAAUAACAGAAGUCUUGGAUCUGGAUCUGAUAAAGCAGGAAGCAGAGAAUGGGGCCCUGGACAUUUCCAAGCUGGCAGAAUUCAUUAUUGGCAUGAUGGGGACACUGUGUGCACCUGCUCGAGAUGAGGAAGUAAAGAAAUUAAAGGACAUUAAGGAAAUAGUGUCCCUUUUCAGGGCAAUUUUUUCUGUGUUGGACCUAAUGAAAGUGGAUAUGGCGAACUUUGCCAUCAGUAGCGUUCGGCCACAUCUCAUGCAGCAAUCAGUUGAAUAUGAAAGGAAGAAGUUUCAAGAGAUUUUGGAGAAGCAACCAAAUUCCCUGGACUUUGUCACCCAGUGGCUAGAAGAAGCCUCAGAUGACCUUAUGAAUCAGAAGUAUAAGCAUGCCCUGCCAGCUGGGGGAGGGGCCGCUGGCUCUGGGGGUGCUCCCGUGCCGAGUCAUGCUGCUGUCCAGAAUUGUGCAUACCUGAAGCUUCUGAAAUGGGACCACCUCCAGAGACCUUUCCCUGAAACAGUUUUGAUGGACCAAUCUCGCUUCCAAGAACUCCAGCUCCAGCUGAAGCAACUGACCAUCCUGGGGGCUGUGUUAUUGGUCACAUUCAGCAUGGCAGCCCCGAGAAUUUCCAGCCAGGCUGGCUUUGCUGAGAAACUCAAGAUGAUUGUGAAGAUUUUGCUAACAGAUAUGCAUCUGCCCAACUUCUAUCUGAAGGAUGCCCUGACUACCGUUGGGGAGAAAGUCUGCCUGGAGGUGAACAGCUGCCUUGCCCUGUGUGGGUCCUCCCUCUUUACCACCGACAAGGAGACCGUGCUGAAGGGCCAGAUCCAGGCCAUGGCCAGUCCUGACGACCCUAUUUGUAGGAUCAUGGAAUCCCGAAUCCUGACCUUCUUAGAAACCUACCUUGCUUCGGGCCAUCAGAAGCCAUUACCCACAGUACCUGGGGGAUUGGGUCCAGUUCAGAAAGAGCUGGAAGAAGUUGCUAUUAAAUUCGUCCGCCUGGUCAACUAUAACAAGAUGGUCUUCUGUCCCUACUAUGAUGCAAUCCUCAGUAAGAUCCUCACGAGAUCCUAANGUGUGUGCACCCUCCAGCAGCAGUAUUAUCCACUCUCCUCCAAGUAGCUGUUCUCAACUAUAAUGUUGCUUUGGAAAAUGGCUGUGUAGUAAAUUUUUUAUUUAAAAGCGCUGAUUCCAAAGGGAAGAAUAUUGUAUCCCUGUUGAAGAGACUUGUUGAAAAAAAUGUACUGAAUUCUAUUUUGACAGAUUGUAUUUAUGAGUGCAAGUUUACAAAUCAAAGAAGCUUUUUGUUACCUUGAGUUUUAUAGGUAACACUCAGCUUUUAAACAGU